AUGAGGAAUGCUGCUUAUAACCUUGGUGUCGCAGAUGCUAUAAAAUCACAGAGGAAUCCGAAAUGCCACUUUUCUAAUCCAUAUUACUUUGCAAACCGACCAGCAAGUGCUGCUAUUGUCACUGAAAAGAAAAAUGAGUAUACUAAGAACCUUCUCAAACAAAUAGAUGCCAAUAGUAAACUGGCCAAGAAAAAGAAAGAAAAUCAGAAAGUCUUGGAGCAACUAGAACGGCUGCAACUCAAACAAGAGAUUGAUGAACAAAAAGCUGAACUGAAGAAACAUCAAUUUGAGGAGAGAGAAAUGUAUAAGAAAGCACUGGAAUACCAGCUGAAACACAGGCCUUCCAGACUGCCCAUCUACGAGCCCAUGGGCACCUUCACCAACUUUGGGCAGAAUGAAAAGACCCUGGAGGCCGAGAAGCGGCAGAGAAAUAUUGAAUAUAUGAAGCAGCAGGUGGAAGCCGCUCUAGGCCACAGAAGACAGCGUGUCCUCAACCAAAUAAAAAAUCUGCAGCAAGAAAAAAAAAUGCUUCAGAAAAACCAAGAAAAGUAAGGGGCCUGGCCCUUCCUUCCUCACCAUAACCCUCUCCUCCUUUCUCUCCCUCUCCUCCCCCACCCCUUGACCUUAGUAGAAACGUGUGGACACGUGGAGAGUCAUGACUGACCCUAGCUCGCCCCAGCCUGCUUCUCAUCUCUACUCCCUAGUCAACUUCUGAGGCUGUUGCAUGUCACAAACCACCU